UCUUGGAGGGGGUUAUGUGAAAGAAAUUUUCUCCGGUUUCAUCGGAUAAGAACGGGAAGGGAACGGAACGGGUUGCGGACACCGCCGGGCGUCCCUUUUUAGCUCAAGCGCGUCUCGUUUCGCCCACCAUCGGCUCCGGAGCUCGUACGAGAUAGAGCCGAUCGUCCGAGCGAGGGGCUAACGAACGGAUCUUUGUAUGCGUGCGUUUGCGGAAUCAUCAUCCGAUCGCCGCAUCCGAAGAUUUGGUACCGACGUAGUUAAAGAAUCGAUGCCAACGGCCCGCGCGGCGUUCUCUUCGCCUGAAUUUGGCAGAAUGUCAGCAUCUGUGGAGGUAGGACACCACCUAUAAGGAGCAAAGUUAGGCUUAGUUUAAUGGAAUCUGUUUGAUCAUCCAAUCUUGAUAUUUGGCGAGCUGGUUAAGAGGAUUUUCUUCAAAUUUGCGUUCUCGAAAGCUACAGAUUAUGCACUAGUCUUUUCUAGCGUUGUUCGAGAUGAAUGUGGUGGGAAGAGUUGGAAGCCUCAUCUCUCAAGGCGUUUACUCGGUGGCAACCCCUUUCCACCCUUUUGGUGGCGCUGUCGAUGUCAUUGUUGUCCAGCAAGAGGAUGGUACCUACCGCAGUACACCGUGGUAUGUCCGGUUUGGGAAGUUCCAAGGUGUUCUAAAAGGUGCUGAGAAGGUCGUUACGAUCUCCGUCAAUGGCGUUGAAGCGAACUUCCAUAUGUAUCUUGAUAAUUCUGGGCAGGCCUAUUUCAUGAGAGAGGUUGUGCCAGGAAGUGACGAUGCAGGAUCGAGCAGUCAGGUUAUAGGUGAAUCCGACACUUUAAAUUCGAGACCAAGCAUUGAUUUUGACAGUAAUGUCGUUGAUCAGAAGAAUGAUUUUGACACAAAAAAGGGGGAAAUUGCUAUAAGUGAUGAGCAGUCUUACAUGUUUCAAGAUGAACAAGCUUCACCGAAUGGUUCAGCUGGGUCCUCAGGGUUUAGCAAUUACCACUAUGGGAGCCUUGACGAGGUGGAAGAUAUGGUUAAAGAAUCAAAUGACUCUAAUUCAGAGAUGGUGUUGAUCAGUGUAGAUGGGCACAUUCUGACUGCACCAAUCUCGUCGAAUAAAGAGACCACAGACAAUGUGCAAUUGGAUACGCCUCAGUUUCACCUUGGACCUGGUGAAGGAUCCACCAAAGAAUUCAGUGGCAGAGGAGAUGCAUGGGAAUCUGGUUUGUUUGGUGAUCUGGAUGGAUCAACUGUGAAAGACAAAGAUGCUUCUGAGCAGCAGCUGGAAGUCCCUAGUGCACGUAUAGAAAAUCCUAUAUCUGAUAAAGAGGCUUAUAAAGUGGGUGAUGUUACUGAUCUUGUUGCAGGUCUGAGAAAAAAUGACACAUUUCAGAGCUGUUUGGAUUUUAUGUCACAUACCGAGGAUGUUGAUUCUCAAGAUGUGUCCUUAGAUGCAAAAGAUGCGUCCAGGUCUGAUGCGCAAAAAACCUUGACGACAAAAACAGAAGAUAUGAAAGACAAUGACAAUGUUGACACUACAUGGAAAGAUGAUGAGGUUGAGCGACAUUUGACUCCUCAGACUCAGAAUCAGGGUUAUGAUUUAUCAUGCUCGCAGAGGUUAAUGGUAGAGAACAUUGAAUAUGUCAUUUCUGAUGAGAAGAUCCUGAGCAUUGAAACUACCCGACAGGAGAGUGCAACUACUUCUGUCCAUUCAGUAACUAAUGAUGAAGAACAAUUUCAAACAUCUCCUAGUGGUUCUGCUGCUGAAGAAGAAUGCCAUCCAACGGAGAGUCAUUGUAUGGAAAGUAACAUAUCUGGGUUGGGUUUUGAAAUUUCACUUUGUGGAAACUUAUUACAUCCUGGUAUGGGUCGCAAUUCUGCUGAGGAAUUCUUUGAAGCACAUCGUAUAUCUGAAGAAGAGUUCGAGGCAUCUGGUUCAUCCAUUAUUAAGAAUGGUAAUCUUGUUGUCAGAUGUGGAAACAAGUAUUUGCAUUGGGAUAAAGCUGCUCAUAUCAUACUUGGAAAGGCUGUAUUUGAUCUAAACAUUUCAAUUGAACCAAAAGACUGCAUACCUGUUGAACAUGAGGAUGCAGCAAAGUUGAAAGAGGAUGCAAUAGGAGUCUCGCCUUCCUCCAGUCGCAGAUGGAGACUGUGGCCAAUUCCAUUUAGGAGGUACAGGUCUCUUCAGCAUAGCAAUAGCAACUCAUCUAAUGAGGACCUUUUUGUUGAUUCAGAGUCUGGAUUGCAAAGUCCAAAUGCAGAAAAAGUAGCAAAUGGUAACAUGAACCAGUCUCCUCGCAAGCAAUAUUUUCGGACAAAUAUUCCUACAAAUGAGCAGAUUGCUUCUUUAAAUUUAAAGGAGGGACAGAAUAUGAUAGCCUUUAGUUUCUCUACCAGAGUUUUAGGGAGGCAACAGGUUGAUGCACACAUUUAUUUGUGGAGGUGGAAUGCACGAAUAGUAAUAUCUGAUGUGGAUGGAACAAUUACAAAGUCCGAUGUUCUAGGACAGUUCAUGCCACUGGUUGGAAGGGAUUGGACUCAAUCUGGGGUAGCUGGACUUUUUUCUGCAAUAAAGGAAAAUGGCUAUCAACUGCUAUUCCUGAGUGCAAGGGCUAUUGUUCAGGCAUAUCUUACUAGAAGUUUUCUUCUCAAUCUUAAACAGGAUGGGAAAGCAUUACCUAAUGGGCCUGUUGUAAUUUCACCUGAUGGAUUGUUCCCUUCGCUUUAUAGAGAAGUUAUACGUAGAGCGCCUCAUGAGUUCAAGAUUGCAUGUUUGGAGGAUAUUAAAGCACUUUUUCCUUCUGAUUACAACCCAUUUUAUGCGGGCUUUGGGAACAGAGACACUGAUGAGCUCAGCUACAGAAAAAUUGGGAUUCCCAAAGGAAAGAUAUUCAUCAUAAACCCAAAGGGUGAAGUGGCAAUCAAUCACUGCAUUGAUGUGAAAUCUUAUACCUCCUUGCAUACCCUGGUGAAUGAUAUGUUUCCACCCACUUCUUUGGUUGAGCAGGAGGAAUAUAAUUCUUGGAAUUAUUGGAAGAUGCCAUUGCCAAACAUCGAGGGCUAGUCCAUCAAAAUAGCAUGCCUCAACCUUUUACUGCAGUUCCUGGUGACUAACGAUUCCACCAUUUUUAUCAGCGGCCAGCCAGGCGGUAAUUUGGUUCAUUUGAUUCAAACAAGCAAACUUGUUACUAUCGUUCUAUUAAGGGGCUAUUUACAUUUGUAAAUUAGCGAUGACUAUUCGAGGAUUCUUUACUCCCUCCCCUGAGGUCAGUGGUCGGCAAAUAAUGUUGAGGAUAACCUGUAAAGAAAUGGUCCCUGUCUUGUUCAUUUUAAUCUUUAUACUUAUAGCUUGUACUCUUUUGUA